UACCUACAGGUGGACGAGCGACGAGACGAGGAGAGGUGGAAAUGGGAGCUGUUGCGAACAGCUAUUGUGCUCCUCCAUCUCCGUGUCAUCCCUGCUAUCAUCACCGCCUCAGCCUCCGCCACCGCGCCAAUCAACCAUGGGCAGUUCCCCCCGCCUUCGCCCGCCUCAGACUCGGUCUCGUUCGCCCGACUGCCCGCCUCUUCCCCCUUGUCUGCGCCACCGGCGACGGCGCCGCCGCAGAAUCCAAGCCGAGCUCCUCCUCCGCCUCGCCUCCGGAUAUAACUUUUGAUAUAAAGCUUCCCAGGAGAAAUUUGCUUGUAGAAUUCACAUGUGACUUGUGUGGAGAAAGAACUAAGCGCCUCAUAAACAGAGUGGCUUAUGAAAAAGGAACUAUAUUUUUACAGUGUGCAGGAUGUCAAGUGUAUCACAAGUUUGUCGACAACCUGGGCCUUGUGGUUGAGUAUGAUCUGCGGGAGGAAACGGAUGCAGAUUCUGAUGUUACCCAAGCAGAGAUGGCUUAAUGCUUCAGGUUCUAAAAGUCCAAGAAAACUACAGAGAAAGGCCACCCUCUUAGUCACUAGAACUCAAUCGAGCAUCCCCAAAGGAACAACUGUUCAUCGACUUCCGGUCUCAUUUUCUGGUCUGUUUAUUCAAAAUACUUGGCAUGAUCAACAAACAAAUUCAAGAUUUAGACGAGUUGGGAGCAUCUGAUCUCGACAUCUUUGCUUCGAUUUGGGCGGGAUUGACCUGUAUCCACUUCAAACUCGAACGAGGUUGAACCUUUGGGAUCCUAUUUUGAUAUCCAGAUGCCUAAUCGAGCUCGAAUAAAGGAGGAAGAAGAAGAAGAAGAAUGGGUUCGGUGACGGCCGCUAAACCGGUUGAGCCCAUGGAGCAGCUGGAGAAGCCCGCCAAAGCAGGUCUGGUUCCGCUCAAGCGGGCCUUGGCCCAACCAGCGCAGGGCCGGUUUCAAUUCUUGGAUAAACCUGGCCGGACCGAACCAAUCGUCAUUAUACCUACAGGUGGAUGAGGCACGAGAAGAGGAGACGUGCGAAUGGGUGCUGUUGCGAACAGCUACUGUCCUCCGCCAUCUCCAUGUCAUCCCUGCUAUCAUCACCGCCUCAGCCUCCGCCACCGCGCCAAUCAACCAUGGGCAGUUACCCCCGCCUUCGCCCGCCUCAGACUCGGCCUCGUUCGCCCGAUUGCCCGCCUCUUCCCCGUUGUCUGCGCCACUGGCGACGGCGCCGCCGCAGAAUCCAACCCGAGCUCCUCCUCCGCCUCGCCCCCGGAUAUCGAGAGGUCAAGUAGCAGCAGGAGUUCCAGUGAUGGUUACGUGGGUCUCUUUGUUCGGAUGCUUGGUCUAGAUAAUGAUCCGCUUGACAGAGAGCAAGCUAUAUCUACACUUUGGAAAUACUCCGAAGGAGGGAAAGAGUGCAUAGAUGGUAUCAUGCAGUUUCCUGGCUGUAUUAAUCUUGUUGUCAGCCUUCUGAAGUCAGAGUCCUCAUGUACAUGUGAAGCAGCAGCAGGCCUUCUGCGGACUGUGUCUGCAGUCAGCAUAUACAGAAAUGUUGUUGCUGAAAGUGGAGCUAUUGAAGAAAUUUCCAGUCUUCUUUGCCGACCUUCUUUGACAUCUGAGGUAAAGGAGCAAAGCCUCUGUACUUUGUGGAACUUAUCUACUGAUGAGAAUCUUAGGGUGAGGAUUGCAAAGAACUACCUAUUACCCAUGCUCGUUAAGUUUCUUGGUGAUGAGGAAAUUAAGGUGAAGGAGGCAGCAGGUGGAAUUCUGGCAAAUUUGGCUUUGAGUCCUUGUAUCCACAGUUUACUCGUAGAAGCUGGAGUCAUUCCAAAGCUGGCAGAUCUUUUGAAAAACAACAGUGAGGACUAUAAAGUUAUUCGUAAGGAAGCAAAAACUGCACUAUUGGAACUUUCUAAAGAUGAGUAUUACAGAAUUCUUAUAAUUGAGGAGGGUCUAGUUCGUGUCCCUGUAAUUGGUGCUUCUGCAUAUAAAACUUUCAGGUCUCCAACUCAUUCAUGGCCAUCUUUACCUGAUGGCAUGGAAAUUCAGCGAAGUUCAGCCCCUUCAAGAUAUGGUGCUUCAGAAUUACUUCUUGGAUUAAAUAUCCAUGAGCAGAGUUUCAAUCUAGAGGAAGCUAAGAUUAAUGCAAUAGUUGGACGAUCACAACAGCAGUUUCUUGCAAGAAUUGGAGCUAUCGAGGUGGCUAGUGUGAGAAAAUCUCAGUUGGAAUCUUCUCAGAAUCAACAGUAUACUCUUUUGUCAUGGAUAGAUGGUGUUGCUCGCCUGGUUUUGAUUCUUGGGCUUGAAGAUGUUUCCGCUAUUACGAAGUCUGCUCAUGCAAUUGCUGAUGCAUCAAUUAGUGAGCAUAUGCGUAUCUCAUUUAAGGAAGCUGGAGCUCUUAGACGUUUAGUUCAACUUCUGCAACAUAAUAAUGAGGUUAUUCAAGAGGCUGUUGCUCAUGCUCUUGAAAGGCUUUCUCUCAGUCAUAUUGUGCUUAAGGCAAUUGAAGAAGAAGGUGUUUUAAAGCAUUUUAAAAACAUACUCCAGGAACCAAAUACAUCAGAUGUUCUGUUAGAAAAGGUUGUGAAUACACUUUCUCGAAUUUUUGAGGCACGAAAUAACAUCAAAAUGGAGUUCUAUGACAAGGUCAAUGAUGGGUCAGACCAUACAAACAGUGGUGUAGCUGUUGAUGGAUCCACAGAAGUUCCUGAUCCCUCGUCAAGAUCUGAAGUAGUUGAGAGAUAUAUUUCCAGGGAGAUGGCGACCGACUCCAGCUUUAUAUCCUGCCUCACUGAAAUUUUGAGGACAUCAUCUCCAAGUUUGCAAGUAAAGGUUGCUUCUAUUCUUGAGUAUCUGGUGACUCGUGAAACAAAUGUGGCAGCUGUCACUGCAGCCGGUAUUGAGUUGGGGAUUGAGGCUGUUUUAAAAAAGGGUUGUAUCAGUGGCACACCAAAUGAUACGGACUAUCAGCUUGAGCAAAAUACUGUUGAAAUUGAAGAAAAAGGCCUUGCGGCUGCUGCUGCAUCUAGAUUGCUAGCUAAAUUGCUUGAUUUUGAUCAAUUCUAUGAGAUCAUUGAUACCAGACACUUCACUUUUCUACUGCACAAUAUUCUAAAGUCUUCUGUCCCUCUUCACACCAAGGAUUGGGUUGCUGCCUGCCUAGUAAAGCUCGAGUCCAAAGCUGACAAGACAUCAGAGUUAGAGUAUCCUAUCGAGAUGGAAGUAACUCUGCACGAGACGAUUCCAAGACUUGUUGAGGAGAUGAGUUCAUCUUUCUCCUAUCAAGCUCGUGAAGCUGCUGUCGAAGAACUAAACAAGAUAAUCUCUCGAGGAGUUAUGGAGUACAGUAAGGCAGUUGCCGCUGCAGGAGGGAUAUUCCCUCUGGUGAACCUGAUUGAAGAGGCACGCGGCGAGGCACUUGAAGCUAGCCUGGCUAUCUUGUAUAACCUGAGCAUGGAUGUCGAGAAUCACUCGGCUAUAGUCACUGCUGGAGCAGUGCCAGCCUUGAAGAGGAUAGUUCUUAUAAAAGGGCCACAAUGGACUCAGGCACUACAUAUUCUGAGAACGCUGCCUACAUGAUCGGAGAGCGGCGGUGCCUUCAUUGUCAUACAGUACUAUUGCAAAUGAACAAUAGGAUAACGAUUUUGCAAUAAUCAGAAGUCAUUGCUGCUUCUCCAAGUUGACAAUAUACCAAAACUGCAUCUCUUAGCCUACGAUCCAGCAUGCAGAUGAAAGGCGGUUCUUCCUGAUAGAUGACAAGAUGGAAAGCAAUCUUUGAGCCUUUGGAUCGUUAAACAAUAUGGAAACAUUUUCUAAGUUUUGUAUUGUAAUUAUCCCCACAUCUCCUGCGGUGUCAGAUUAGGAUUUCAACUGUUUGGAAGACGGGGCUGUGUUCCCUGAUGUUGUUAACGAUGGUUGGGUUAAGAAAUCUCCAUAUGCAGAACUUUCGCAUA